AUGGCCGCAGCGAGUGACAAGGCUCGCUUUUACAUGGAACAGUCGGUUCCCGAACUCCAGGAAUACGAACGCAAAAAGAUCUUCUCGCGCGAAGAAAUCACAUCGAUCGCUCGCAAGCGCUCCGAAUUCGAACAUCUUCUUAACACACCUGGCGCCGCUACACCCGCCGAUUACGCUCGCUAUGCACUAUAUGAAAUGAAUCUGGACACAUUGAGGAAGAAGCGCUCGAAGCGUUUGGGGAUCAAGUCCACCGCUUUCGCUGGUCAAAAGAAGAUCUUCUUCGUUCUGGAGAGAGGCGUGAGGAGGUUCCAGGGAGAUAUGGGUUUGUGGAUGCAGUACCUCGAGUUCUGUCGUAAAGAGGCAGCGAACAAGAAGUUGGCAAAGGCGUUGACACAAUGUUUGAGAAUGCACCCGAUCAAGUGGGACUUGUGGACAUGGGCCGCCAAGUACUAUUUCGAGCAGCAGGCCGACAUGCCCUCUGCGCGCAGUUACAUGCAAAGAGGCUUGAGAUUCUGCAAGAGGGAAAGGAAACUGUGGUUGGAGUACGCCAAGUUGGAGAUGCUCUACGUUGCAAAGAUUGCUGCGCGACGAAAGAUUCUG